UUGUUUCGAAAACCUCUGACCUUGUGUUUUCGCAGACCAAAUGCAUUCCAAAUUUAAGCUCUUCUCCUUCGUAAACUGCCUGUUGCUGCUGGCUGUGCUGCUGCCGGUGGCGCAGUCUCGCCGUGGCGGGGGCUUCGGUCGCGGCGGCGGGAGAGGUGGAGGCUGGGGAGGCAGCAGCUCGGGUCGCGCGGGCUGGGGUGCAGCUGGAGGGCAUCACCGAGCUCCACCCGUACACACGGGACACCUAGGACACACAGGACACACGGGCUCCUCGGGACACGGAGUCGGCAAGGUGGCUGGUGCGGCGGCGGCUGGAGCUCUUGGAGGAAUGUUGGUCGGUCACGGUUUAAGCUCUAUGGGGCGACCAGGAUACGGGUACGGGUAUGGUGGAUACGGAGGACACGGUUACGGCUAUGGGCAUGGGUACGGGCAUGGUCAUGGACAUGGAGGACACGGAGGGCAUUCGGGAGAUCAUAACGAGACUUCUGUGGAUUAUUACUCGGAUGGAGCUGCAAGUGGACAUGCCCAUAGCUGCGUGACGGUGUUUGGACUCAUGAUGUCAUUCUUGCUUGGGCACUUCCUGUCAUAAAACCGCCACUUUUACACUCUUGCACCUGUGAAUAAAACACAGUCUAACGAAGUAAAAACAUAAAUGACAGUACUAAAGGGAUAGUUCAUCCAAAAAUGACAAUUUACUCACUAUUUACUCACCCUCAAGUGGUUUUAAACCUUAUGAACGCUAGGCCUCAAGAAGAUAUUAUGAAGA